AUUACCAUGCAUCACUUCGCUGCAUCCAUAAAUAAAUCAAUUUAUUACCUGCGUCUAUCUCGACCGUGUUUUACCAUUAUAAAGCACUGCUCAUAUAUGUUGUCUGUUUGUUUUUCUCCGUGGAAUAAUUUGCCAAGUUUAUGCGCCGGAUAUCGGAAAUGUUGGCGGUGAUUUUUCUCAUCCAGUGUGUAGCGUGGGAAACGGUCCGCGCCGGCGUCAACCAGGCGGCCAAAGGUCUCUUCCAGGAUGAUUUCGGUUUGAGCCGGCUGGACACCACCAAGUGGAACGCCGCCAACGGGCGCAGCGAGGUGGACGGGGAAUUACAGGUGUAUUCGGCGGACAACAUCCAACUGGAAAAAGGGAAUUUGCUGCUGGUGGCCAAACGGGAGAGCAGCGGCUCGGCUAAUUAUACCUCCGCCUUGGUCGACACGCGCGGAAUUCUGGAGUUCCUCUACGGCGAAGUGGAGAUAGUCGCCAAGAUGCCCAAAGGCAAAGGCGUGCGCGCUUCUAUCGCGCUGCUCCCGGAGAAAUGCACCUCCGCCGUGGCCUGCCCGGAGAACCUCCCACCGGCGGUGACCCUCCUAAAUUACCGCGGCGACCAAGUCUCCGCAUCCCAAGGCAUGGUGGUGUUCGAGAACAACGCCGGCAACGGGACACUCUUCUCAGCCACGACGUACCACGGCGCGGCGGACCUUUCGGCGGACUUCCACAACUACAAGCUGCGCUGGACCCGCGAGCGCCUGACGUGGUGGCUGGACGGCACGGAGUUCCUGGCCGUCAACGAGUCGGCCAAGAUCCCGCGGGCCGCCCUGCACAUCGUCAUGCGGGUGGCGGUGGGCGGGGGCUUCGCCGGGGCGCCCGACGGGAAUGUGACCUUUCCCACCGGAUAUGUCCGUGGCCUCGGUCACCGUCCGCCCGACGGACCGGGCGGUGCGGACGGUCGGCGGGGAUUCCGGGGGAGGGUGUUCGUUAAGGGUCGAUCUCACACACGCCCUGUUGCUGAUAGUGUGUUUCCUUGUUACAUUGUAUACGUCGGUUCCUGUAUCGUUGUAACUUGUGUUCCCGUAAUUAACUGUGAUAUCCCGUCGUUGUUUUUGCUGUAUCAUGCUGACUUUUUAAAUAGUCCGUUUCUAAUGAAUUUCUGCCGUCCAUGUGUAGGUUACUCACUCCACUGCGAAGCGAAUAAUCAGGAUAAAUGUUAUUUUUUACCAACAUUUUCCGAAGAAGAAAUGAGUAACAAAACGCCGGCAUAAAACCGGCAGAACUGAAGUGUGCCCGCCGCCGGGU